AUGGAUAAUACUACAAACAAUGAACAACAAGAUAUAAUAGAUAUAAUAUUCAAGGAUUAUAAUAUACUGGAUCAUCAAGUAGAUACCAAUGUUUAUCCAGAAUCAAUACUUCACCAAACUGCAAAAGGUAAUAAAUUAUAUACUCAAUUUCAAUCUUAUAAUAGACAAUUUAUAAAUGAUGAUUCUUCAAGUAAUAUAGUACGAUGGAAGAAUUCAAUAAUAGAACAAGCUUCAAAUAUUAUAUUAAACAACUGGUUGAACCAAAAUAAUGAUGAUAAAUCAAUAUCAACAAUUUCACUAAAUAAUGCAUUAUUUACUUGGUCUUCAACUGAUGAAUACAUAGCAAGAAGGAAAAAACAAUUACAAAAAUUAAAAGGUAUAAAGGAAGAAAUUGAGGAACAUCAUGAAGAAGUAGAUAAAUCUAAAAAUGAAUUAAUCGAAAAAUUAAAUUUAAAAUUUUCAAAAGAACCAAUAAAUCAUAGAUUAAACAGAGCUAUAGAGCUGGAAAGUAAUAAAUUUAUAUCGGAUAGGAUUAAAGUGAUACGACAAUACCAUACUCAAAAAAUGUUGGAAGAAAUUGAAGAGAGAAAGAAGAAUGAUUAUGAAACGUAUUUGAAAAAAUUAAAAUUAAGAGAAGAGGAAUUGGAAAAACAAGAUGCCAAUUUGAAAACUAAUAGUGGUAACUUUUUUGGCAAUUUAUUUGGGUUUAAUACAGCUAAAGAAGAGGAAUCGAGGAACUCAUUUGAAAGUGAAACUACAUUAGAUUCAUCUACUCAUAAUAAAAGGAAAACUGGGUUUCCAUUAUUUGGUGCUACUUUAUUUAGUUCAAAGAAACCACAAAUUGAUAAACCAGAAACAUUAUUUGAAACAGAUCACCAUCAAUCAGAACAGUCAUUUAAUUUAGAUAUUGAUCAGUUAGAACAGUUAGAAAAGCAUGAGGAUGAUGAUGAAGAGGAUGAAAAGGAUGAUGAUUUUACAGAUUUCACAUCAACAAAACCAGAAAAUGAGUCACCAAAGAAAGAAGAAGUAAAAUUAAAUCGAAAUUUUUUCUCAAUUGAUAAAGCCAAACCUAAUAAUGAGUUGAUUGAUCUAUUUGAUAAUGAUGAACCUGUUUUUAAAGAUAACAAUAAUAAUAACAACACUAAUGAUGAUGUAAAUUUAUUAGAUUUAUAG